GCUUGUACAUUUAGCCGCCACACUAACCUUCACAGCAGAGCUGUGAUUGGGUGCAGCAGUGUCCAUACAUCUAUAUAUAGUACUCCCUAUAGAAUCAAUCCUAUGAACAACAUAAUAGAAUAUUCUCUCUACAAUCAAAAAAUGAAUCGUUACCUGAUCACUCUAUUUGCUCUAUCGAUCGUUACAGCAGUUAACGGCCGUGAUCUGCUAGAUGAUUUUAUCCGGUUGCCGUCGGAGAAAGUUGGCUCGUCCGAUGAUGACUCCGUUGGUACCCGAUGGGCUGUCUUGAUUGCCGGGUCUAACGGUUACUGGAACUAUAGGCAUCAGGCAGAUGUAUGUCACGCAUAUCAAAUCUUGAAAUCUGGUGGUGUUAAGGAGGAAAAUAUCGUAGUAUUUAUGUACGAUGACAUCGCGUAUAACUGGAUGAAUCCGAGGCAAGGAGUUAUUAUUAACAGUCCAGAUGGUGAUGAUGUGUAUCAUGGAGUGCCAAAGGAUUACACUGGGAAUGAGGUUAAUGUUGACAACUUUUUCGCUGUUUUGCUUGGAGACAAAACCAAAGUCAAAGGUGGGAGCGGGAAGGUUGUGGAUAGCGGUCCAAAUGAUCGAAUCUUCGUUUACUACACGGAUCAUGGUGGUCCUGGUGUGCUUGGGAUGCCAACAUAUCCUUAUCUGUAUGCAAAUGAUCUUAAUGAGGUCUUGAAACAAAAGCAUGCUUCUGGAACAUACAAAAGCUUGGUAUUUUACCUUGAAGCUUGUGAGGCUGGAAGCAUAUUUGAGGGUCUACUUCCUGAAGGAUUAAAUAUCUAUGCAACCACAGCCUCUGGCCCAGAUGAGAGCAGCUGGGGUACUUAUUGCCCCGGGGAGUAUCCUAGCCCGCCACUUGAGUACGACACAUGUUUGGGUGACUUGUACAGUGUUGCUUGGAUGGAAGAUUGCGAUGUACACAACCUGCGAACAGAAACCAUCAAGCAGCAGUACAAACUGGUUAAGGAAAGAACCUCGAAUGAAAACUCUUAUUACGGAUCUCAUGUGAUGCAAUAUGGAGACCUGCCGCUAAACAAAGAUAAUCUUUACACAUAUAUGGGUACGAACCCUGCAAACGAAAACUUCACUUUUAUUGAAGAAAACUCCCUAUCAUCACCAUCACCGAAAGCUGUUAACCAGCGUGACGCUGAUCUUCUACAUUUCUGGCAUAAGUACCAAAAGGCUCCAGAAGGUUCAGAUAAGAAAACUGAAGCUCAAAAGGCGUUUGUUGAAGCCAUGUCCCAUAGAAUGCACUUAGACAGCAGCAUCAAACUCAUCGGCAAGCUUUUGUUCGGAUUCGAGAAGGGUCCCGUGGUGCUAAACACCGUUCGAUCUGCCGGGAAACCUGUAGUUGAUGACUGGACCUGCCUUAAAACAUUUGUGAGGACAUUUGAGACCCAUUGUGGAUCCUUAUCGCAAUACGGCAUGAAACACAUGCGGUCCAUUGCUAACUUGUGCAACUCUGGAGUCACAAACGAGCAGAUGGCUGAUGCAUCAUCACAAGCAUGCACCACAUUCCCCUCAAACCCAUGGAGUUCACUUAGCAACGGUUUCACAGCAUAAGGAUCUUCAUUCAUCAAAGAUCGUGGGCCCAUAAUUUGUCAAACUAUCGUAUCUUCGUGGUUUCCGAACCAGUCUUUCAGCAAUAUAGCAGCAUCAUUGUAUAUAAAGCCUGAAGCUUCUCCUCAUAGUAUUUAGGUCCAUGAAACUUAUUAUAUAUAUGUAUAUCACUAUAUCGUCUGCAUGUAAUGCUAUAAUCAAUGAUAUAUGCAAAUCAUAUACCCGCGUUUGUAUAUUAGAUAUCAAGUGCACUAUGUAUCACAGUUAAAAAAAUACGUACAACUGUUUAUGUUA